UUUACUGGUCAGUUGCAAUAUUUUUCUUGAAAACAACAUGCACUAACACUUUUGUUUUUGAUUUUUUUUUUUAAUAUUAGAAAGUCGAAAUUCCGUAUUUUUGACUCGUUUUCCAUUUCGAAAACUAUGUAAGCCAUCAUUGCCGCCAUAGGAUUAAAGCGCAUAGGUGAUCACAUUCUGACACAUUUUUACCCGCUAUAUUUCAUUUAGUAAAUAGAAACAUGAAGUUGGUUGUCUACAACGAAAUCGUUGAUCUUAUGCGGAAGUACAAAACAAGAGACGAAGCUCUACGCCACAUAACUCCACGGUAUCCAGAAGUUUCGGUUGGUGCUCUCGGUAGUAUUUAUGCACAAGAUUAUCAAAAGAAAAUGCGUAAAACACACCAUUUGCAUUACAGCCCGGACACAACAGAGUAUUACUACGAUAGGUACAGGGCAGGCGUGGACAGUGGUCAAAAGCACGUGAUAUUGUCAAUUGCAAGAAAUAUAGACCUAGCACCAUCCCUCUUAUCAAGAAUGAUUCUGGAAAGACAUUUGUCACGGACAAAGUACGGUGGCGAAAAUCCGCCACGUAGCCAGGUAACACAGCUGAUGAAAGACACGACACUGAUAGAAAACCAUGUCCUGGCCAACGAGAUUCACGAGUGUAUCCUAUCCGACGAUCAGUAUGGUCCACUAGUGGACAAAAUAAAACACUCCAUCGGCCACGAGUACGAGUUUAAACUGAAUAGUACGUUGGAUUCCCUACAACUGUCAUACAUAGGCGAGGACCAGAUGAGGGCUAAAGGUUAUGACAAGACUCCAGAUGUGAAGUUGGAAGUUCCCAUUGCCGUUGAUGGACACAUGGUCAACUGGAUAGAGAGCAAAGCAUCAUUUGGUGAUGAGUACAGUCACAGGUCCUAUCUGAAGGACCAAUUCUGGAGCUACUGGAAUCGAUUUGGCCCCGGGAUGGUCAUUUAUUGGUUUGGGUUUAUUGAUGAACUUGAUUCAAAUACAGAGAAAGGAAUUAUUUUAAGAGACAGUUUCCCUGAAAACAUUGUAAGAUUGAACCCUGUUGUGAAAUUAAAAUGAAAAUUAACC